CAACUUCAGCUUCAUUUCAAUGCUUCACCUCCACUGUAGCACGAGAGUCUCUUAUGUAGUCCGGUGUUUUACAAUGACCUCUGCUUAUUUCAUGCAGAGCAGGUCUGUUCUCACUCGGAGUGGUAAUCAAAAUGCUGGCUGCACACCUGCGGGCUCUCUCGGGUCCAAACUUACCAACAGACGGAGGAAUGUGGAUCCAGUUUCCUCUGUGGCGGUGAAAGUAGAGGAGGAAGAGGCGAGGAUCUCUGAGCAAAUACCCUCCUCGGCCCCGUUAUCAACGGGUGGUUGCCCUGAACUCCUCCACCACAGUACAGCGCAUCCAAAAUCAGAAACAGACACUUUACCGCUGUCUUCACACAGCCGCAGGAGGAGACAGCUAAAGGUGGAAUAUGAUAGGGAUGAAGGUGUUACACCGGUGAAGACAGAGCACUGGGAACCUCCCGACUGGAAGAAACAAUUAGGAUACAUUCGUGAGAUGAGGAGCGGCCGUGAUGCACCUGUAGACAACAUGGGAGCCGAGAAAUGCUAUGACACAGAGGCCCCUGCACAUGUGAGACGCUUCCAGGUGCUGGUUUCACUCAUGCUGUCCAGUCAAACCAAGGACCAGGUGACAGCAGCAGCUAUGCAGAAGCUCCGAGCUCACGGCUGCACUGUGGAAAAUAUACUCGCUACUGAUGAUGAAACACUGGGGAAUCUCAUCUACCCUGUCGGCUUCUGGAGGAAUAAGGUGAAGUAUGUGAAGCUGACAUCUGCCAUGCUGCAGAAAGAGUUUGGAGGGGACAUCCCAGACAGCGUGGAGGGGCUGGUCCGCCUGCCAGGAGUUGGACCUAAGAUGGCUCACUUGGCUAUGGACAUCGCCUGGGACCAGGUGUCCGGCAUUGGCGUGGACACACAUGUGCAUCGUAUCUCUAAUAGGCUGGGCUGGCUCAAGAAACCAACCAAGAACCCGGAGGAAACACGCAAGGCCCUGGAGGAGUGGUUACCCAGGGAGCUGUGGAGUGAGAUCAACUGGCUGCUCGUGGGCUUCGGACAGCAGGUUUGUCUACCCAUCAACCCUCUCUGCUCUGUGUGUCUGAACCAGCACAGCUGUCCAUCUGCCCACAAGAACUCUCCUACAAAGCGGCCUAAAGCUGGAUCCCCACAGUCUCCAAGUCCAACCUCUUCCUUUAAAACAAAAACUGAACCUGAACAAGAGUCUGCUGUUAAAGAUGAGAGGACAAAGAAGGAGCCACUGUCCACACCUGUUUGCCCCACCAGGCAGAGAAGGAAGCUAAAAAACAAGGUUAAUCAUUGAUUUAGUUGUCACACAAGUUUUUGUCUGAGCUGUGGCCAAAUGUUGGACGAGAAGACUUAAAUGUAUACGCGCACACACUGAAAACAUGCAUCUAAGCUCAACAAUGAUGUGAAUAUGGUUCAUGAUAUUUGUGUUGAGUUUUAUUUGACACUAUAACGACACCUUUAACAUUUUAUAUGAGAUUAAAUAUUUUUGUACUGUUAGUGCUUAAUUCUUUAUUACCAAAUAAAAAAAAAUGUUUGUACUGAAA